AUGCAGCUGCAGUUCCGGAGCUGGAUGCUGGCUGCGCUCACGCUGCUCGUGGUCUUCCUCAUCUUCGCAGACAUCUCGGAGAUCGAAGAAGAAAUCGGGAAUUCUGGAGGCAGAGGUACAAUCAGAUCAGCUGUGAACAGCUUACAUAGCAAAUCUAAUAGAGCUGAAGUUGUAAUAAAUGGCUCCUCGUCGCCAGCUGUUGUUGACAGAAGUAAUGAAAGCAUUAAGCACACCAUCCAGCCAGCCUCGGCCAAAUGGAGACACAACCAGACGCUCUCUCUGAGGAUCAGGAAGCAAAUCUUAAAGUUCUUGGAUGCUGAAAAGGAUAUUUCCGUCCUUAAGGGGACCCUGAAACCCGGAGACAUUAUUCAUUACAUCUUCGACCGAGACAGCACAAUGAACGUGUCCCAGAACCUCUACGAGCUCCUCCCCAGGACCUCUCCACUGAAGAACAAGCACUUUGGGACCUGUGCCAUCGUGGGCAACUCAGGGGUCUUGCUGAGCAGCGGCUGCGGGCAGGAGAUUGACAGGCACAGCUUCGUCAUCAGGUGCAACCUGGCCCCCGUGCAGGAGUACGCCCGGGAUGUGGGGCUCAAGACAGACCUGGUGACCAUGAACCCCUCCGUCAUCCAGCGGGCCUUCGAGGACUUGGUGAACGCCACAUGGCGGGAGAAGCUGCUGCAGCGGCUGCACGGCCUUAACGGCAGCAUCCUGUGGAUCCCUGCCUUCAUGGCUCGGGGCGGCAAGGAGCGCGUCGAGUGGGUCAACGAGCUCAUCCUGAAGCACCGUGUCAACGUGCGUACUGCAUACCCCUCUCUGCGCCUGCUGCACGCCGUCCGCGGAUACUGGCUGACUAACAAAGUUCACAUCAAAAGACCCACCACGGGCCUCUUGAUGUACACCCUGGCCACGCGUUUCUGCAACCAGAUCUACCUCUAUGGCUUCUGGCCCUUUCCACUAGAUCAGAACCAGAACCCCGUGAAGUACCACUAUUACGACAGCCUCAAGUACGGCUACACUUCCCAGGCCAGCCCCCACACUAUGCCCUUGGAGUUCAAAGCCCUGAAGAGCCUGCACGAGCAGGGGGCUUUGAAACUGACUGUCGGCCAGUGCGAUGGGGCCACGUAAGGUGGGCGUCCCAUGGGACUCAGUGGCUCACAUUUCCUGCCAGCUACCACCACAGGCAGAUGGGAGUCGGGGU